AUGCAGCACUGCGAGCUCCAGCUCGUCACCCAAGCGGGAGAAGGCGCUCACUGCCUGCACAGAGGGGUGCACGCGGGGAGAAAUGGCAACAGUGGAGCGGUAGAAGGGAAGGAUACGGGAUGGGAAGGAAGUGGGGGGGAGGGAGGGGGGGAGGAGGAGGAGGAGAAAACGAGGGAAGGCAAGAGGAAUGGAGGGAGAGUAAAGGGGAAAACGAGGAAGAUGGGGGGAAAGAGGGGGGGAGGAUGGGGGGGAGGAGGAGGAAGGGAUGGGGGAGGGGAAAAGGAGGUCCGAGGAGGCGGAUGGCAAGAUGGACUGAGAAGCAAGUUUAGACGUGGGAAACGGGAUUGGGGAACAGGUGAAAGGGAAAAGGAAGCAAGAGUGGACAGGGGAAACGGGAGAAUAGCACAGCUCGGACUGCAGAUGAACAGCACGUGGGCAGCAGCGACAGAGGCGGAGGCGAUGCCAUCUGAUGCCUGCCCCUUCUGCCACGCAGCCAGUCUCCCUCCCUGCACCACUCCUGACCUUGCUGCCCUACACCCCACGUUACCAUGCAGCUGCAGCCGGCGCUUCGGCGGCUGCUGGUGCUGUUGCCUCAACGACUCCUUUGAUUGGGUCUCUCCGACCCCUUGGCUCCUGCGCACCAUGCACCUGCCCUACCUGCACCUGCCCUACCUGCACCUGCCCUACCUGCACCUGCCCUACCUGCACCUGCCCUACCUGCACCUGCCCUACCUGCACCUGCCCUACCUGCACCUGCCCUACCUGCACCUGCCCUUCCUGCACCUGCCCUACCUGCACCUGCCCUACCUGCACCUGCCCUUCCUGCACCUGCCCUUCCUGCACCUGCCCUUCCUGCACCUGCGUCUACCCCUGUCUCGGUUCUCAACUUGUCCCCGUGCUUUCACCCGCCGCUGCCUCCUCGCAUCUGCCCCACCUGCUGCAGCACGUAGCUUCACUGCACCUUAG